AUUCAGUGCAUAUUUGUCUACCCUUCCAAAUAUUUUCUUCGCGCGCGCAUUAAAUAUUCGCUUUUCACAAAAAUACAAAAUUCAUUUGUUCGAAUAAAACUAGAAGUUCAAAACAUAUUUUCAUCAUGGAAUCUUCAUCGGAUAACACAGAUGUUGUUACAAUGAUUGAUUUGCUUAAUGACGAAAAAGAGCUGUCAGAUCAAGCGUAUGCUGUAUUUGCUGGGAGUGAUGAAAAAAAUUGUAAUGGUUUCAAACAGCGACAAGCACUGUAUUCAUGUCUUACAUGUGCUAGCGACGUAAAAGAAGAUUCUUCAAAAGCGAUUGGAAUUUGCUUGGCAUGCUCUCUCAACUGUCAUGAUAAACAUGAGCUUGUGGAAUUAUAUACAAAGCGUAAUUUUCAUUGUGAUUGUGGUAUGAAAGAUGGAAGUGUAACCUGUCACUUGGAUCCUACAAAAACAAAGAAUGGAGCACACGGAAACUCAAAUAAUAAAUACAAUCAGAAUUUCUCAGGCAUUUACUGUAAAUGUAAAAGACCUUAUCCAGAUCCAGAAAGCUCUUCUUCUGAUGAAAUGAUACAGUGUGUGAUUUGUGAAGAUUGGUUUCACUCUCUUCAUCUUGAACUUGCAGGACAGAUACCACCAGCUGCUGAAAGUUAUUCUGAAAUGAUUUGUGAAGAGUGCAUGAAGCAAAACGAUUUUCUUUAUGACUAUUCUGAAUUUACAGUAACUGCAACAAAUGAUCCUUCUUCCGAUGCAGAUACUAAUGCUUCUAAAGAACAAGCAGCAACAAAACCUUCAACUAGCUCGAACACUGAAAAGAAAGAAGAUGACGAGAGCUUCGAUAAAAGUGUCGUAACUAAGAGAAUGAAAUUAUCAGAUGACAUUUGUCAUCGUCCAAAGAAUAAGGAAAAUACGAAAUCUUCUUUAACCCAUGGAUCAGCUGCAUUUUGGAAAGGACCUUGGCGUGAAAAGCUUUGCAAAUGUGAAAAAUGUUUGAAAAUAUAUGAAUCAUUGAAUAUUUCAUUUCUAACUGACAUGAGAGAUACAACUCACUUUUAUGAAGAAAAAGCUAAGGAAAAGGAACAACCAGCAAGUGCUAUGUCAUCGAUGGAAGCUGCUCUAAGUUCCUUGCCUAGAGUACAGCAAAUUGAUGCUAUUUCUUCAUACAAUAAUAUGAAAGAGAAACUCUUUGAAUUCUUACAAACAUUUGUUGUGAACAAUCAAAUUGUUCAAGAAGAAGACAUCCACCGCUUUUUUAGAAAUAUGACUGAAAGUAAAGAUAACCAGCUUCCGGGAACACCUCAGCACUUCUGUCGUUAAAAAUGAUUUUUCUAUGAUCAUAAUUGCGGACUGAUAAUUAAUUAAAUGUAUGUAAAUGCACAUUUCGUCAUAUUUAGACUAUAAAUGAGUUCAUCAUCACAUAUUUCGUUACAUUCUCACAUUAAUUCAGUGUUUUAUGUUCUAAGUUUAUUUUUAUAUUAAAAAAUCAUAUUCUCUGUAUUAAUAAAAAGAAAUGAAAUAAAAAUUAUGUUUUAGGCAUUAA